AGAAAGGUGGUAAACAUUUCAUAUUGCUAUAAUUAUAACAUAUAAUAAUGCCAUUAAAAUUUGUGGUGAAUCAAAAAGGUGGAGAUAAUCUUGUGGAUGAAGACGGUUACAUAUAUGUAUAUCAUCACGAUGGAGUUAAUAAUAAAUACAUUUGGCGUUGUGAAUUUUACGCUGGAGGACCAUGCGGUAAAUGUCUGGCUCGUAUUCACACAACCUCUAAAGACAAGGAUGGUAAAAUAAUCGAAAUGAUAAAUAGCCAUCAUCAUAGACCAGAUGCUGCCAGAUUGAAAUCACUAAAAGUGAUGGAACUAUUGAAGAGAAAGGCUAAGCGUUCUACAAAACCCAGUAGUGUUGUUGUUGCGUCAUUGCUUGAGAAUGUUGAUCCUGCUGUAUUAUGUCAACUAGCUAGUCCUCACAGUUUAGCAAAGACUGUACAACGUGUUCGUAAUAAGAACGUUAAUGUGAUAUUACCAAAUCCAAAGUCUGUUGAUAAUCUUACUAUUCCUGAAGGUUAUCGCGUGUAUAGUGAACGAAAAAUUGAUUUUUUAAAAUAUGAUUCUAAGGACUCAAAUGUGGCUAGUAGUGAACGUUUACUGAUAUUUACGACUGACAAUAACUUAUCAGUACUAAGAAAUGCUGAAGUGUGGUAUGCAGAUGGAACAUUCCAAACUGUUCCGCGAAUAUUUUAUCAAUUAUAUACUAUACAUGCAAAUGUGAAUGAUGCAGUUGUGCCACUUGUUUAUGUUCUUGUUACUGGUAAAUUUAAAUCUGUUUAUGUUGAAAUAUUGAAACAAUUACAAAUACUUGAGCCACGUUUAGAUCCAAAGACAAUAAUAGUAGAUUUUGAAAUAGCAUUUAUACAUGCUGUUAAAGAAGUGUUUCCUAAUGUUCUUGUCAAAGGCUGCUUUUUCCAUUAUACUCAAGCUAUCUGGCGAAAAAUACAGGCUUACCAUUUACAGAACAAUUAUGCUAAGGACUCUGAAUAUGCAUUAAAUUUAAAAAUGUUAUUCGCAAUACCGUUUGUGCCAGAAUGUGAUGUUGUAGCUGCAUAUGAUGAAUUAAUAUCAACUGAUUUUUAUAUUAAACAUGAGAGUGAAUUAGAAGAAUUGCUAAGUUAUUAUGAGAACAUAUGGUUAGGUAAAAUGAAUCGUCGGAAACGUCGUGGUGGUGGAAAAUAUGCAUUGUCGUUAUGGAAUCAGUAUAGUAAUACUAUCAAUGGGAUUGGAAGAACCAAUAAUAAUGUUGAAGCUUGGCACAAUGCAUUAAAAACUCGUGCACAAGCAUGUCACUUAAAUAUUUGGAAAUUUAUUGAUUUAUUAAGAAAUGAGCAAGUAUUAUCUGAUGUCAAGUUGGAAGGUUUUGUUAGUGGAGCAAAAAGUAAACCAAAAAGACGAAAGUAUCGUGAUAAAGAAUCAAAAAUCAAAAGAAUAGUUGACAGUUAUGACUUAAAUGAUGUUUUGUCUUUUCUAAGAGGAAUUGCACAUAAUUUAUAUUAAGAAAUUCAUAUUGAAUUUUUUUGUGCUAAUAUACUAAUGUACAAAUGAAUAGAACAAGAAAAAAAUAUUAUAUGUUGAAGGCUCGCAGCUGUUAAGAAAGCUGAAGAAUUGUAUUUAUUUUUUUUUCCAGUCUAGACUGGUUUCCAGCUCGAGAAGUAUUGUGAUAAAAAAUCAAAAAUCAAAAAAAAAGUUUAAAAUUAUGACUUAAAUAAUGUUUUGUCUUUCCUAAAACGAGUACAAUUUCCAUAGAGAUAUUAAUAUUAAAGUUUUUUUUUAUAAAAAAUCUAAAUAAUUGGCAGUAAAUUUUUACUUUGAUGACGUUAAUAACUAGUAACAAGAAAAACAAAGAUUUAUGUAUCAUUUUAUGCUAAAAGUAAUUAACAUUCGAAUUGUUAAUUAAUGUGAUGAAUAAAGCAAAGAUU